UAAGUAAUGAAAAGAUAAUUAACACCCAAUCCACUCAAUCAUUGGAAUUGUUGUAAAAAAGUAAAAUCAUUUGUUUAACCCUUUGAAAAGGUGAUGAUGCCAGCACCCUGAUGACAACAUUCAUUCAAUAUUCUUAAGCUUUAUUCCAUAAAUUAUGACUGUCAUUUCAUAUAUUCAAACCGUCAACUCAAACAACCUGUAUUUUAGUGACAUCAAACUGAAUUCCCAGUUUGUGUUUAGUCAUCAAAGAAAGAUGAUUUAAACAGAAGAACCAACCCAGGUACAGUCAAAGACUCUCAGCACAGGCUGAGUGCAUCACAGGGCUGCUGCAUGAGCAACUCAAGCAGAUGUAUGUCGAAGCUGUUUCUCUGAAGUCACACUAUAUGAUCUGCACAUGGGGAGGUUUGUCAGGAUACUAGAUCUAAAUGAAUGAAAUUGUGACAGCUGAUAGACUUUAAUGGAUAAUGUCUCUGUACUAACCUUUUUUGUGCUUUCAGGAUUAAAUUACACAGUGCAGCACCGAAUCAUUAUCUUCGCUCUGACUUUACUGUGUUACUCAGUCAUUUGGAUAGUAAAUGCUGCUCUCAUCAUAACCAUCAUUGUGGACAGAAAACUUCAUGCGCCUAUGCAUAUAUUCUUGUGUAACCUGUGUAUUAAUGGACUUUAUGGAACAGCAGGCUUUUACCCCAAAUUCCUCAUGGAUCUUCUGUCUACCACUCAUGUCAUCUCUUAUGCUGGAUGCCUUCUGCAGGGUUUUGUGUUGCGCUCUUCCGCCAAUGCUGAGUUUUCUUUUCUAGCUGUGAUGGCCUAUGACAGAUAUGUGGCUAUAUGUCGUCCUCUGGUGUACCACUCUGUGAUGUCUAAACAGAGAGUUUGUGUGUUUGUACUUUUUGCUUGGCUUGUACCCAUUUAUUUGGUGUUCAUGGGUUCAGUUACAAUAUCAAAAUCAAGGUUAUGUGGCUCACACAUACCAAAAAUCUACUGUAUAAAUUGGCUGGUUGGUAGACUAGCUUGUUCUGCCUCCAUAGCAAACAUUGCGAUCCCAGCCUUUAAUUUUACUUUUUAUUCUGGCCAUUUUGUCUUUAUUAUUUGGUCAUAUGUAUAUCUGAUCAGAACAUGUCUAACAUCCAGAGAAAACAUGACAAAGUUUAUACAAACAUGUCUGCCACAUUUAUUCUGUUUACUCUCUUUUUCUAUGUGUUUGCUUUUUGAUUUGUUGUAUAUGCGAUUUGGCUCAAAAGAUUUACCACAAAGUGCCCAGAACUUUAUGGAGACUGUAUUUCUCCUCAUUCCUCCACUGUUCAAUCCCCUUAUAUAUGGUUUCAAAUUGACCCAAAUAAGAAAUAGAAUUAUGGAGUUUCUGUGCUGUAAACAUCUCUAG